AUGUCUCCUACAAUGAAAGGUAAAUCAAAGGACCUUGAUGCAGACGGCGAGCCCUUCACCCUCGAUCGAAGCUCGCCGAAACAACAUCGGGUCAACCUUGGGGGUAAGCGCCUGUCCGGCCGCCCAGCUCCUGAUCGUGCAGGCUCGCGGCACAGCCUGCUAGAAACCCCACUGGCGCCUUUGGUGCCGGAUGAUGGCACCAAAGGCGCAGCCCAUGCUCAUCGUCUCCUGGCCACGGACGGGCUCGUAUCCCAGAUCACGUCGUGGAUCAAGGACGAGAGGAAAAGGAGGGCUGAGCGGAGGUCAAAAGGAAAAGAAGCCCGCCACGCAGCGUCAGGGGCCCAGCCUACGGCACUGAAAACGGACUCUUCGGUACAACUGGACGGCUCUUCCAUUAGCGAGCAGAGACGCCCAUCUGACGCUUCGGAUGGAUCGACGGCCUUGGAGAACCUAGAAAACAUCCUCGAGAAGAGCCUGUCUCUCGGUAUGGAGGACCGUUCGUCAAGCCGCAGAUCUCCAGCGUUGCAUCACCGCAUCUCCGCCCGGAAGCUAAGGCGUCAGUCAACAGCCGGCUCGUCAGAUACGGACUACGUGGAUGGCGACACGCUUGUGCCCAGCAGCGAUGCCGUGCUUGACAACUCAAAGACUAUGGCCUACAGCGGCGGAGCGGCCUCGUCCGAUGAAGAUGCAACGACACCAGGCUCUCGAGGCAAGGAGAAAAAGGCUUGGGCGACAUUCAAGUACGAGAUUGUCCGGCUCACGCACACUCUGCGGCUGAAGGGCUGGCGGCGCGUGCCGAUGGAUAAGAGCGGUGAAAUCGAGGUUGAACGACUCAGUGGCGCUCUUACAAAUGCCGUCUAUGUAGUCUCACCUCCGAAGGACCUUCCCACGCAAAAGCCCGCCAAUGGCGACGGCUCGCGUUCGUUAACUCCUAAGAAACCUCCACCCAAACUCCUUCUGCGCAUCUACGGACCGCAGGUGGAGCACCUCAUCGAUCGAGAGGCCGAGCUCCAGAUCCUACGUCGCCUUGCACGCAAGCGGAUCGGGCCCCGUCUUCUCGGCACCUUCAAGAACGGCCGCUUCGAGGAGUUCUUCCAUGCUCGGACGCUUACGCCCAAGGAUCUCCGCAACCCAGAGACCUCCAAGCAGAUUGCUAAGCGCAUGCGCGAACUGCACGAAGGUAUCGACUUGCUGCCCCAAGAACGCGAAGACGGCCCCUUUGUCUGGCGUAACUGGGACAAGUGGGUUGACCGCUGCGAGCAGCUCGUCACCUGGCUUGAUGAGCAGGUCCGGGCUUACGAUGGCAAAUCCGGCGAAGGCCGAGCGGACGUCUGGAAGCAGAGAGGCUUUGUCUGCGGCACUGAGUGGGCUUUCUUCAGACAGACGCUCGAGCUUUAUCGGAAGUGGCUGGAUGAGAAGCACGGCGGCGCCGACAAGGUGAAGGAGGACCUUGUCUUUGCGCACAAUGACACGCAAUACGGCAACAUCCUCCGCCUGGAACCCGCUGGCGAGUCUCCGCUCCUCCUGCCCACGAACGAGCACAAGCAGCUCGUCGUCAUCGACUUCGAGUACGCCAACGCCAACACUCCAGGUCUUGAAUUCGCAAACCACUUUACGGAAUGGUGCUACAACUACCACGACGAAAAGGCCCCCUACGCCCUGCACACAGAGCGCUACCCGACCCCCGAAGAACAACACCGCUUCAUCCGCGCCUACGUCCGCCACCGUCCCUUCACCUCCUCAGCAUCGACUUCCAACAGCCCUUCCGCCCACCAGAAAUCUAGCCCGUACCAACAACAGUCUUUCUCCUCGUCCAUCAGCACCUUCAUGCUCGACUCCCGCUUCCCAUCUACGCAGUACAAGGAAGCCGAAGCAGCCGAGGAAGCAGCGACGGAGCUGGAGGUAAGGAGAUUGCUCGACGAGACGAGGCAGUGGCGGCUCGCGAACUCGGCGCAGUGGGUCGCGUGGGGGGUCGUGCAGGCCAAGAUCUCAGGCCUACCAUCCGAGCUGGCCGGCCCGGCUUCUGGCAGCGAUGCGGAAUCCGACACUACCCCUACUGAGGCAGAGCAGAGAGAGGAGGAUGGUCGUGCGGGUCAGAGCCUCGAUGAACCGCAUCGCCCCGCCGAGGAACUCGGCACUGAUCCGCUGGAUGAGGAGGGUAGGAGGAUGAGGGAGGAGCUCGAGGAUAAGAGGCCUGAGGAUGGGGGGGAGGAUGAGGAGUUUGAUUAUUUGGGGUAUGCGAGGGAGAGGGCGCUGGUCUUCUGGGGGGAUGUGGUGGGCUUGGGGAUUCGGAGGAUGGAGGAGUUGCCGGAGGAGUUGAGGGGAGUGGUUAAGGUUGUGAAGUAUUGA